ACACGUGUAACAUGUAUGUCCCUACAUGUAUUUUAUGUGUCAGUGAAAUGGUUCACCUCUCAUCAUUACACAGCUGGAGAUUUGGCACCGUCCAUGGAAGACGUGUUGGGGAAGAUAACCCAGCUGGAUCACGCCAAGGAUCUCAUGAGUAAAGAUCUAAAGGAUCACCGGAUGAGCCGAGACGCUGCGCAGAAGGAGCUGGAUGAAUUAAAUGCCGAGAAGAGUCGCCUGGAGGAGCUGCUGGGGAAGAAGCGCGAAACGCUUUGCGUGUUGCGGCUGCAGUGUGAUAAGAAGGGCUCAGAAAAGCUCAGGCGACAGCAGAUCUCAGACGGUCGCAAUCACCGCAUCCAGGACCUGACGUCAAACAUUCAGGGAGAGAAGGACAAGCAGAGGAAGCAGAGGAUGGAGUUUGAGAGGCAGUUGGAGGAGCUGUCUGAGAAGCACAAAGCCCUUUGGGAGCUUCACAAUGAGAAGAGGCUGGCGUUGGAGAUCUCUGGGAUGGAAGACAGAAAGGUUCAGCUGCGGAAUGAAGAGAGAGAGGAGCACCGCAAGCUGACCGAGAUGCUGCACGCCAUUGGCACGGAGGGGCCGGCGCGGACCGCAGACAGCAGCUUCCGGCUGAGCGCAGAGGCGGCUGUAAAGCUGUUUGAGGAAGAAAACAUGCGUGCCGGAUCCAGACGGGUGGCAACUUCCGUGUAUCAGUUGCGUGUGCAGGAGAAUCACGCGAGGUAA